AUCAAGAUAUAAAGCACCAGGAGGGACAUUGAAAUGCUCGAAUUUGAUAGUCGUCUACUUUGGCAAAUAAAUAAGUUUUUUUUUUAUUUUAUAAUUGUAGGUUAUUUCCAUUUUUUGUAAGUCUUUCGUGUUACUAUAAACAACAUGGCGACCACAUGGAUCGAGAAACUUCGAAGUGCACAAAAAACUUGUCUCCUACAGGAUGGAAGAAAAAAGGUGCAUUUUACAUUUCCUGAUGGUAAUGAGAUGGCUGAGGAAUAUGAUGUCAGAACAGAUGAAUUAUUAGUUAGAAAAUGGAGAAAGAAACUGAACAGUUUUGCAACAAAACAAAGCUCUGAGCAAUGGGAGUAUGAAAUUGGUGAACAGUUAGCUCCCAGGAAUCUGGAAACUGCUGGCCUCAUGGAAAGUCUUUCUAAUCCAAUAUUUGUGAGAAAAGAUAGUAAUACAGCAUUUAUAGGCAGAGUGAGAAAUCUUCCCUUUCCUAUUGAAACCUACAAUGUAACUGUUGAUGAAGAUAAGAAAAAUAUUGUCAUUAGAACAACUAAUAAAAAGUAUUACAAAAAGUUUGACAUUCCUGAUAUGCUGAGGGCCCAGAUACCUUUGAACCAAGACAGUAUAUCAGUAGCUCAUGCAAACAAUACAUUGAUUGUGUCAUACAAGAAACCUAAAGCCAUAAUUGAUAUGGAGAAACAAAUUCAGACAGAAAUUAAGAAAAUGAAAGCUGCAAAAGAUGGAGAUGUUGAUUGUACACCAAGCUGAUAGUCAGAAGUAAUUAUGAUGUUUGAUAAAAAACAAUUGGUAAUAUUCAGGAUUACUGAGAAAUAUGGUGGAACAACUAUGUUACUAAGAUCAGAAUCAAGAAGAUCAGUUAUAACAGGACAAGAUGAUAUAAAAAACCUUUGUUGUUUUUAUUUACAUUGACUGUUUCAAAGUAUAAUCAAAUCUGUCUUGUUUGAUUCUCAAUUUAUUUUGCAAAGCAUUUGUUGAUCCAAUAACGAAUUAUUGAUUUUGAUCUUGAUCUCAACAGGAAUGAAUUAUUUUAAAACAAAUACCGGUACUGAUUUUGUUAUGAUAUAUGUCACGCCAUGGUUAAGAGGAAAAUAUCUUGACUGAUUGGUUUGUCAUCAAAUAGUCUUUUCUUCAGUAACUACAAGCUAAAUACAUUCAAGCUUUACAAUAAUUGUUAAUAGAGACUCUCAAGUAAAAGGUUCUGUUUGAGGCUUACUGGAUGACAAAACUAUUUGCAUUUAAUCCUUUAGAAAAUCUCCUUUUUAUAUUCAUAUGCAAGGUUUAAUGUAAAGAGAACUAUUUUUUAUUAAAAACUCAACAUUUUAUGCUUUUUCAAAGACCACUAAGACCACAAAAAGCUAUUGAUUUUCUUAGAUUGUUUAUUUUAAAAUUUCGUCUUGCAAAAGCUGUAUUGUCGACAUGUUUUGAAUCCAUAGCGAAUUCCAAUGUGUGAAAAAGGAUCAUGGUUAGCUAUUGUCCUGUAUAUGGUGAAAGUGAUUAUAGUUUUACUCUCAUAAUAUACAACUUUGAAGGUUAAAAUGGUUAAGAAAACCUGAAUGUGAAUAAAUUAUAUAUAAAUAAAAAAGAGAUGUAGAAUAAAUGUCAACUAUAGAUCAACCUGAAAUAAAAUAAAAUCAGAAUAAAAAAAAGAGCUGCACUGUGAUUUUGAAAUAAAAGUAUCAUUCCUUU